AUGGCAGUUACGAUAUUACCAUUGAUACAAACUCAAAUUACUCGUUAUGGAAUGUCUACUUUGCUGAUUUUAGGUAAUAUUGGAAAUAUUAUUAUCAUAGUUUUAUUCAAUCGGCGUCGUCAAAAUUCAUGUGCAAUGUAUUUAUUAUGUGCAGCAAUUGUACAAAGUGCAACACUUACAUUCAAUAGUGUAAUAAAUCUUUAUGUGCUUGAUUAUGAUGAUCUAACAGUUCACUCCCUUUUCUUAUGUAAAUUUCGUGCAUAUAUUACACAUAUUUGGAAUCAAACAGGUCGAUAUCUUACUGUGCUUGCAUGUAUUGAUAGAUAUAUUUGGACAGCAAAUAAUGCGCAUGCAAGACUUAUAAAUCGACCAUCAACUUCGCGUUAUCUUACAGCAAUUUUGUUUUUAUUCUGGCAUAUUUUUUCUAUUCAUAUAGCUAUUUUAGUAACAAUUCAUAAUGGAAGAUGUGGUUCAUUUGGUGUUUAUUAUGUUAUUUAUCAAGUGUAUGCUGCAACUUUUCUUGGUUUACUUCCACCAGUAUUAAUGAGUAUAUUUGGUUUUUUAGCUUAUCAUAAUAUGAAAAAAUUACAUUUACGUGUGCGACCAAUUGGUAAUCUUGGUUACGAUAGUAUUAUAAUUCAUCGUCGUGAUCGAGAUCUAUUAUUGAUGGUAUUAACUGAAGUUGUUAUUUAUGUUGUGACAGCAAUUCCAUAUCCAUUUAUUGUACUAGAAGUUGCAGUAACAAACUAUAUCGGUGUUAAUAAAUCUACUCAGCGUGUUGAAAUUGAAAAUUUUCUUAAUUCUACUGCAUUAACACUUUUUUCUGUUACUUAUGGUUCUCGUUUUUAUACAUAUUUCGCUGUAUCAAAAGCAUUUCGAAAAGAUUGUAAGACACUUUUUAUCAAAUGGAAAAAUCAUCUAGUUCGACCAUCGACUAUGAAUCAAAUCCCAAGAACAAGACAAUUGCAAAUAUAA